AUGUGGUUGCUUAUUGCCACUCCUCGCAUGUCAGUUCUACAGAGUCGUAAAUCGACCCACAUCUCGAUCAGGUAUGAGGUGAUUAGGUGUGCAGAGUGGACAGCAUCGAUCGAACUCGAGAUCGAGGUAAUCCUAAUGGGGAAGAAUACGAAGAAGUUUUUGUCGAUGAGACCAUAUAUGACAGAAGUCGUUGAAAGAGUCAACACCACUGUGAUAUCCUUACAAAAACCAACGAUCACAGAAAUCAAUCGGUAUGCUAUCUCCGAAAAUGCAGCCUUCACAUUACCGGAUAGAUUCGUCGUGCCAGUAGAAUGCAGCGAUGAAGCCCAAGCACAAACCCAGUUCUCUACUUGCACGAAUCUUAUAAGGUGUCACUGUGAAAACGCCCACAGAUGUCAAUGUCCAGAAGAGUACUUGAGUCACCUAAGAAACUCCUCAGCAUUACCAAUAGAAACAUCCUCCUACAACCUCACAAAGGAAGACGAUAGUGUGAUGACUAUGACUGAGGAAGGUGAAUUCGUGCUCACACUAGACUCCAAAAUACUGGUGAAUGCGUCAGAAAUCGUGACAGAGAAAAAAAUCCAGACAAUUGAUCUCACAGUUUGCUACAACUGUGAACAUGGAGCUAGACUAGUUACAAGGUGCCAUUCACUACUGAACAUAAGAGUUACAGUUGUUUGCAAAACAUUCGAGUUCGUCAUUCAUUGUGGGCCAAUGAAUGUCAGCAAGACCACUUUGAUCAUGCCAUUGUCCGAGAAACAUGCACAACGGACUGUUCAGAGAAUGUCGAUAUCAAAGGCGUGCUAA